UCAGAGGUGAAUGAUGCACGUGUCUGCUGCAGUGAGAGUGGGACCCGCAACAACAGCAGUGGGCCCGUGCUGUGCGUGAGGCCUGAGAAAACACACAGUAUCCCCCCCUCCACGCACACAGACCGUACCCGCUCGGUUUGCGCCAGUUAACGGACACCGGGUAAGCAGGACGCGGCUCGUGGGGGCGCGCGAGGCGGUGCGACAUUAGCCUGACCGGAGGAGCAACUCUUGAGCGAGAGCACGGAAAGUUCUCAGUGUUUCUUCCCCGGUGCCAGUGUGUGUCUGUGUGUGUUCGUGUGUGCGCGGUGCGUUUUGUUUGGUCGAGCCGGUGGUAUCCACGGAGGACUGGGAGUCAUGGCGGACUACCUGAUCAGCGGUCAGACCGGCUACGUCCCUGAAGACGGCCUGACGGGACAGCAGCUCUUCAACGGAGGAGACGGACUCACGUACAAUGACUUCCUAAUUCUCCCCGGCUACAUUGACUUCACAUCCGACCAAGUGGACCUGACGUCAGCUCUGUCCAAACAAAUCACCAUGAAGACGCCGUUCGUCUCUUCUCCCAUGGACACCGUCACUGAGGCCAACAUGGCCAUCGCCAUGGCGUUAACAGGAGGCAUCGGCUUCAUCCACCACAACUGCACACCGGAAUUCCAGGCCAACGAAGUCCGCAAAGUCAAGCGCUACGAGCAGGGCUUCAUCACAGACCCCGUGGUGAUGAGCCCCAAUGAGCGAGUGCGAGACGUCUUCCAGGCCAAAGCGCGUCACGGUUUCUGCGGCAUUCCCAUCACAGACAGCGGGAAGAUGGGGGGCAAACUGGUGGGCAUCAUCUCCUCUCGAGACAUUGAUUUCCUGAAGGAAGAGGACCACAACCUGCCCCUGAGUGAGGUGAUGACGAAGCGGGAGGAUCUGGUGGUCGCUCCUGCUGGAGUGACGCUAAAAGAAGCAAAUGAAAUCCUCCAGAGGAGUAAGAAAGGUAAAUUACCAAUAGUGAACGACGAAGGCUCUCUGGUGUCCAUCAUCGCUCGCACUGACUUGAAGAAGAACCGGGACUUCCCUCUGGCCUCCAAAGAUUCCCGCAAACAGCUGCUGUGCGGCGCCGCCAUCGGCACGCACAACGACGACAAAUACCGGCUGGACCUGCUGGUGCAGAGCGGGGUGGAUGUGGUCGUGCUGGACUCUUCUCAGGGCAACUCGAUCUACCAGAUCAACAUGAUUAAAUACAUUAAGGAGAAGUACCCUUCCCUGCAGGUUAUCGGAGGCAACGUGGUGACUGCAGCUCAGGCCAAGAACCUGAUCGACGCCGGGGUGGACGGCCUGAGGGUGGGAAUGGGCAGCGGCUCCAUCUGCAUCACGCAGGAAGUGCUGGCGUGCGGCAGACCCCAGGCCACAGCCGUCUAUAAAGUAUCCGAGUACGCCAGGCGUUUUGGAGUGCCGGUUAUUGCCGACGGUGGCAUCCAGACCGUCGGCCACAUCUCCAAAGCCCUGGCCCUGGGAGCCUCCACAGUGAUGAUGGGCUCCCUGCUGGCUGCCACCAGUGAAGCUCCCGGCGAGUAUUUCUUCUCCGAUGGCAUCAGGCUGAAGAAAUACCGCGGCAUGGGCUCCCUGGAUGCCAUGGACAAAAACCUGGGCUCCCAGACCAGAUACUUCAGCGAGAGCGACAAGAUCAAAGUGGCGCAGGGCGUUUCCGGAGCGGUGCAGGACAAAGGCUCCAUCCACAAGUUUAUUCCCUACCUGCUGGCCGGGACGCAGCACUCCUGCCAGGACAUCGGCGCCAAGAGCCUCACCCAGCUCCGGGCCAUGAUGUACUGUGGAGAUCUGAAAUUUGAAAAGAGAACGGCGUCGGCGCAGAUGGAAGGCGGAGUCCACAGCCUGCACAGCUAUGAGAAACGCCUCUUUUGAAGAGGAGCCAACGCUCAAGAGGGAGAAUCCUUCCAACAGACAUAUGCAACACACUACACAACACACUACUCGCAAGACUGCUUCUGACCCACACACACACACACACACACACACACACACACACACGACUUAAGUCCUCAUACAAAUCAGUCUGUGGAGAUCAGCUUCCCAGGAUCCAUCAGUCUUCCUGCCGGCGUCUAUGCAUCCAAGCGUUUGGUGUCUGUGUGCGUCUGAGAGAGUGAAGAGUGAAGGAAGGAGGAGGGGAUUCAGCAUUUGUCCAUCAGUGCAUGUGCGAUCAAAUCAAACGACACAUCCAAUGCCUUUCCUGUCGCGGUCAAAUGUCUUCAGUGUUCUACUGCUGUUCGGUAAUAAAUGUGUUUUUCCACAA